AAAGGGACCAGCAAACAGACUGAAAUACAAGUGAAAUUACUUCGUUUUCCCCUGGGAGUCAAACUAUGCAGUGCUUUAUUGUCGGUAAAACAAGCAGGUGGAGAGACUUGGGUUCCUGAAGAGAGAGGUUGGCCCCGUUGGGCGGGGCUUAGUGUAAAGGCUUUGUUCUCCAUUAGAUGGCACUGCUUAGCUUACUGGGGUGGAUGUUGUGGCGCAUGUAGGUGUGUGUGCGCAUGCGCGGGAGGGGCGAAAAUGGCAUCACCCAGCUGUGUGGUCAGUAGUAUCAGAGUUCUGUUCUCUCUGACCAGCAAUCGUGCACUCAUCCUCUGUGUCCAGCUUCCGUCCACCCCCCGCUUCCACAAUGUCCGUGACCAAGCCGUCAGACUGCCAGGCAGCACCUCCCUCCUGAGUUUUAUCUCAGAAGCAGCUGUGUUUCCCAACCCCUCACUUCUGAGGGACUGUGGCUUUGUUCCACUCAGACCUUCUGCGGGAGGGUCUCACCGAGCACUGGCUGGUGCCGGCCACCCCCAGGAACAUUCUCGAGACUGUGCUGCUGCCAACGCCCAGAGACUGCGGCUGGGUGCCAGCCCGCCCCAGAAAAAGUUCACGCGGGCGUGUAGCAGCGGCGUUUCAGGGAUUCUGGAAAAUCACAACUCACAUCUGGCGCCAGGCUUCACCCGCCAACGGCCUUGUCCCAGCACCAGCGAAUGUGGUUGUUCUCCAGGAUCCGCUGGGACGUUUGCCCGUGGGGAGUCCUCCCAGCAGGGGAACCGCCUCCUUUGUGGCCUGAGGACCUCAGUUUCUGCUCCCGGGGAUUCGCCCCUCCCAUCAGAGCUCCACCAGCCGGCUGCAAGCACAGAGUACCAUUGGCAGCUGAGAGAACAGAGGCGCCAAACGAAGAGAGGUGGGUGAACUCACUGCUCAGGACAAAGGCAGCUUCUUCCAAACAUUCCUGGCCAACACUUCACAUCACUGGCAUCUUCACUUAUGUCCAGGGGCAGAAGCUGAAUAUUUGUGGCCCCCAGAGUCUCCUUGAGAAAAGAAAAAGCAGGACCCGUGUCACCUUAGCUGAGAGCUGGCUGUGAAGUGAGCUCCACGGAGGAAUAGCAAGAGGAGUGGAGUGUGGUGCCACAGCAACUGGGGACGCAGAAGCCAGACCUUGAAGGUGUCUGCAUGCACAGGGAAGACAAGGAAGAUCACGACAUUCAGAUGACACUGGUGCACAGGCACCAGAUACGACACCCCUGACAUGUCCACACAACGCUGAGUCUAGUGCAGCUGGAACCACAACAGAAUGGCAUCUUGAGUUCCCAGUGAAAGAGGUUCAGCUCUGUCUUAUGGACACAAAAGACACAGAUUAAAGUGAUUUUUUAGGGGCACCUGGGUGGCUCAGUCAGAUAAGCAUUCAACUUCAGCUCAGGUCAUGAUCUCAUGGUUUAUGAGUUCAAGCCCCAUGUCAAGCUCUAUGCUGACGGCUCAGAGCCUGGAGCCUGCUUUAGAUUCUGU